AUGGCGUGUUCGAGUCUCUUGGAUACACUCCCCGAGGAUCAAUGUGUCAAAGGAUUCGAAGUGGCCCUCGAUGUGUGUGGCUUUCGGGCAAUUGCGGCAAUCACUGAGGAUGGUACCACGUCCUCGUGGGCUGGAGAUCCGUCAGACCACCCCAGGAGACGUCUCACCGAUGUAGAGGGCAUUUCUCUCCUCGUUGCUGAAUUCGAUGCACUUAAGCUGGUGUCGCUCAGUCGGGAUCGUAUAACAAAGAAUUUAGAACCGAGGGAUAGAUUGCUCUGGCAUCCCGAAAUCCCAUCUCCUGAAUUAUUCUUCGAUGGAGUCCUACCCUUGGACGAAAAGAGGAGCUCAAAUGUUCCCAUCACGACGGUUUUCUUUGGAGAAAACGAUGGUCGAUACAUAAGACAAAUGGACUCGAUAGACACCCACAUCUACGACUGGUGUCACGUUGACCGCCUCAGCUUUGAGUUUAUGGACGAUAGCAUUCAGCGAUGUCUUGGGGAUGUCGAAUAUGAAACAGAGCACUCCGAUCGUGCCCCGAUAAGAUUCCCAGACCACGGCAGUUCUAUGGGGCACAUGGAAAUUGACGGUGGAAGUGGCGAGGAGAUUGAGAGUUUCGAGGUUCAGUUUGACAAAGGUAUUAUCAUUGGACUCAAGUUUAAUCUCAACACCAAUCGUACUGAGUUUUUGAGUAAUGGCGAUGAUCCCUUUGAUUUGCCAAGGACCAAUGUUACUCCGCGUGGUAAAAGGGUCAUUGGCAUGUUUUCUCAAGGCACUGAGACUGGAUGGGGCGCUAAGACGUUCCACAAUCUGGGCUUCAUUUCUACUAACGACGAACAGGAAUAG